GCCUUAUAUGGAGUAUAAUUAGAAAUAGAGGUGAGAUAUUAGGGAGACCGAAACAAAUACUCCGUACCAUUUUCAUUUUUUAGUCAACAUUUCUAUCUUAACGUACACAUCAUUUUCCAUUUCAAGUGCUUUUCUUUUUCAGCUACAAAUGCAAAAUGUUUCCCAAAACCCAAAACUCCCUAAACAAAGAAAUCUCCGCAAGAUAGAGACUUUCUCCGCCAAUGGAUAUCGCCCCGAUUCGUCCUUGCCGAAAAAGAGAGGAUCAUCAAAAAAGCGAGUCGCGAGUGAGAUAGGGAGAAUAAAGGGCCGUCCCCUUCCAAGGAGAGAGUCCCUGUCAAUGAAAGCGAGAUUCUUGAUACCUCCAUUGCAGCUCUUGCUUUUCUAUUUCAUCACAUUUCUCUGCAAUUUUUGAGUUACAGAGGUUGUGUUUUGGUGGGGGCUUGAGCUGAUUCACAAUGCCUAUGUAUAUGCCCUCUGGGAGGGGCGGCGCGGUAGGUUUUGAAGGUGGCGGUGAUACCCACGUUCUAGAUCUGGACACGGCGGUCAAAGAUGGAGUCUUGGGCGGCGGCGGCGGCGGUUUCGAUGGGCCUGUCGAGUUCGGGGAGAAAAUGGAUCUGAAGAAGGUGAUUAGGGAGCUGAAUUUGUCCGAGGUUCCGUCCGUCUUCAUCUGCCCAAUCUCUCUCGAACCUAUGCAGGACCCAGUGACCCUUUGCACUGGCCAGACUUACGAGAGGUCGAACAUCCUCAAAUGGUUCAGUUUAGGGCACUGCACUUGCCCUACGACCAUGCAGGAGCUCUGGGAUUUCACAGUCACCCCCAACAAGACCCUUCACCAUCUCAUCUGUUCUUGGUUCCUGCAGAAGCACCAGCAAGUGAGGAAGAAAUCCCAGGAUGUUUCUGGAAGGGCAAUGGAGAUUCUUGAAACCUUGAAGAAAGUCAAAGGCCAGUCAAGGCUCCAGUCCCUCACAGACCUCCAUUUGGUUGUUUCAUCUCACCCAACUGCUAGAAAGACUGUGGUUGAUGAAGGUGGGGUCCCACUUCUUUCCUCAUUGCUCGGCCCUUUCACCUCCCAUGCUGUUGGUUCACAGGUUGCUGCCAUUCUUGUUCAUUUGAACCUGGACUCAGAAUCAAGAAAGAUUCUGAUGGAACCUUCCAAGAUUUCUUUGCUAGUGGACAUGUUGAAUGAAGGCUCUACAGAAACAAAGAUCAACUGUGCCAGAUUAGUCAAACUGGUAAUGGAGGGAAGUGAUUUCAGGGUGGAAAUGGUGUCAAGUCACAGUCUUUUAGCUGCACUGAUGAGGCUAGUGAGGGACAGACGGAACCCGUCCGUCCACUCCCACGGACUCCAACUCCUGGAACUGAUUUGCUCGCACGAGCAAGUCAGAGCCCUAAUCGUCAGGAUCGGAGCGAUUCCUCAACUGGUCGAAUUGUUGCCGGGCAUGAACACGGAUUGCCUGGAACUUGCAUUGUUGAUCCUGGACAUGCUAUCAUCCGUGCCCGAAGGGAGAGCGGGCUUGAAGGAGUGCCCGAACGGGAUACGGACAAUGGUGAGGCUGCUUAUGAUGGUUUCCGAGAGGUGCACGCAGCACGCGCUCUCCAUCUUGUGGUCCGUGUGCAUGGUGGGGCCCACGGAGUGCUCGUCCGUUGCGGUGGAGGCCGGGCUGCUGGGGAAGCUGCUGCUCGUUAUACAGAGCGGGUGCAGCCCGGGAUUAAAGCAGCAAUCUUCUGAGCUUUUGAAGCUCUGCAGUUUGAAUUACUCCGACACCGUUUUCAUAUCCAAGUGCCGGCUUAACCGGACGAUACAAUGAAGGAGGAGAGUGUUAAUUUGGUUUGGGUAAGAAGAAUUCAAACCCUUAGUACAUAAAGUUUGAAGAGGAGGGUAAACAAAAAUGUGGACAAAACUGCCCCUCCUCCUCCCUGUCCCUGUUAAAAGUUCAAUGUUUAUUAUGAUGGCAACACCAUCAAUAUGGGCUUCCUGCAGAAAGUUUUGAAUAAAAUGGAGAAAGUGAA